GGUGAGGCGCGCACGGACUCGAACACUUCUCGGGAACAGCCGGGGAGAUAUUUUUGUGUGGCGGCAUAAAGGCACCUGUGUGUUGAGUGCCAGAGGUGACUGACACGCUACUGUGGCACUGCUGGGGCGGCCGGACAGGGAGGAGAAGCACAGCAGAGUAACAAAUCAUGCGGGACGUGUUAUCAGCAAGAGCCUUCGGGCGGCCCCAGGCUGCGGCUCCUAAACCAGUGAAGCGUGGAGACGUGCUGCUCACCUCAAAGCCGUUUGUUUACCUGGUCAGCAGCUCUCUCAAGUCCCUUUAUUGUGACUACUGUUUGGCCAAAAAGGGAAGGAAUGGUCUGCAGCGGUGCUCUGGGUGCCGGCUGGAGCACUACUGUGGGAAGGAGUGCCAGGCAGCAGCAUGGGGCCUCCACCGCCUGGAGUGCCGCCACCUCAAGAGAGUAGCACCCAGAGUGCCACCUGAUGCAGCCCGUCUCAUGGCCAAGGUCAUCCUGAAGCUGCAGCAUGGAGGAGACAAGUUGGCGGAGGAGAUAUCAACCAACUAUUCCCGCAAAUUUAAGGAUUUAAUGAACCACUACUCCGACAUCAAGAAGGACAGCAAGAGACACGAGCACUUUGUCUCUCUGGUGGCAGUGCUGGAAUCCUUCCUGGUAGGGAUGGAGUUACCUAAUGAAGCAGAACUACAGGGAAUAUUUGGGCGGAUUUGUGUGAAUAGCUUCAGCAUCACAGAUCCAGACCAGAACACUGUGGGCACAGGGGUCUAUCUGGCAGCAUCCAUAUUUGACCACUCCUGUGAGCCCAAUGCAUAUGUGGCAUUUGAUGGAUUUAAGUUGACCUGCCGUUCCCUGGUGGACCUCCCUGUCCUUGAUUGGAGCAAGCUUCGUAUCAGCUACAUUGACGUUCUGAAUCCAAGGGAAGAGCGCCAGGCUGACCUCCAACGUCGCUAUUACUUCUUGUGUGACUGUGUGCGGUGCAGUAGCCCAGAGUGGGAGGAGGAGCAGGUGGGACCUCUGUGUUGUGGCAACACAAACUGUUCCGGAAUGGUUUUCAUCCCUGAGGGUUUAAGAAGACACCAAGUGUCGAAAAAAGUGCCCGACUGUCGGGAAAAUAGUGCCGAGGUCAUCAAUGAAGAGAUAAACAUUUCCUCACAAAGUAGUGGGACAGAAAAAAUCUAUGACCCUGAAAGCCAAGGAAAGAGAGAAAUACUCACUGCUUCAUGUUCUCAUUGUGGAACAUCAAAGCCAAUGACUCCUGACCAGGUGGAAAUGUACUACAGCGUUGCCAGUUUUUGUAAGGAGCAGUUGGACCUCUGCAAAGACCACUACUACCUGGACCUGUGUGAGAAAGGGCUGGAAAGGGCAACUGGAGUGCUACACGACUUAAAUAUUUUCCUAGUGAGGCUUCGAGAUGCUGCAUUUGAAGCUUCCAUCUCUCUAAGUCACUGGGAAAAGGCUUCAACCUAUGGCUCCCUGAAUAUUGAAGGCUUGAGCCACUACUAUGGGAAGAAACACCCCAGUCUAGGGAUGGUGCUCCUGAAGCUGGGAAAAAUUCUUGUGUACGUUGGCUCCUUCUCUAAGGCAGUGGGUUACCUUGCUCGAGCAGAGAGCAUCCUGAAGGCCAGCCAUGGGACAACACACCCCCUCUACACAGAGCAGGCAGCACCACUCUAUAUGCAGGCCAGAGAGGAGAUGAGGGAGGCAGAGAAAAUGGCAGGAUGGAAGGGAAAGAAGGGCCUUUCAGGCACCUCUGGUGGUGGGCCGUUGUGCAGGACUACGUGUGGGUGACUGCUACAACAACCACUCUUGCAAUCAUUGAAUCAUCUGACUGUACAGCUGUAGGACGUACUGAGCUGCAAUACACGCGCUAGUUGAA